GAGUGGUUUUGUCCCGCUCUGGAUGUGAGAUGGUUCCCAGACCUGGGACGGAAGAUUAAGCCCCAAACCCUACCCCGGGUGCUUCAGGGAGGCGCCUGGCAAUCUAGGGCGGGGGCGGGGGCCCAGCGGCCGCCGCCCAGGCUCCUCUUCGCAAGACCCCCAAGUUCCUGCUCUCAGCCCGCGCGCGCGCGCGCAGGGCCACGCGGCCCCUGGGCUCCCUGAGCAAGCGAUCAGUCAGCAGGUCCCAUUUCGAGGCCCUCGCCAGCGCGGCUGCAUGGGCGCCGGAGCAGCUUCGGGCGGGCGCUGGCUGCCCAGGGGUUGCGCGGUCUUCACCACCUUCCCGGACCUGCUCUUCAUCUUCGAGUCUAUCUUUGGAGGCCUGGUGUGGAUCCUGAUCACCUGGUCCCAAGUGCCCAACCCCCAGGUCCAGGGCUGGGUCAUGUUCGUGUCCGUGUUCUGCUUCAUAGCCACCACUCUCCUGCUCUUCCUGUAUGUAGCUGGUGCCCACAAGACUGGGACUUUCUGGAUCAACCUGGAUGCAGCCUACCACUGUAUCGCCUUCCUGUUUUACUUCAGCGCCUCUAUCUUCGAAGCUUUCCUCACCAUCUGGCCAGAUGAGAGAAACGAGGACAAACAACACAUUCAAAACAUCUCUGCUAGGAUGAGAAAGCCAAUGAACCACUUCCUACGGCUUCAGCUUGAGCAAUGGGUAGAAGAGGGGCUGGGACCUCCUUCACCGCAUCAGCAGAACAGAUGGAGAUGGAAGUCUUUCUAAAGCAACAGAGAACAUUCCUGAAAACACAUACAAUGGUAACUGAUCGGCCCGCCUUCCAGCUAACACUUUGGAACUGAGAAAUGCUCUCGAUGGUGGAAAAAGAAAAAAAGAAAGAAAGAAACCAACACUCUGUUUCUUUGAGGGUGUCAUGAUGACGCUCCACACACCUUCGUGUCAGGAUAGGGGGCUUGACAUUCUUCACCUCCAGUGAGCUUUCUCGAGUCAUUGCCUAAUGAAAGGGAGGGGUGGAGUGGGAAAUGGGGAAUGUGAUCUGAGAGACCAUAGAAACAAGGCUUCCCCUGCUGACCCUUGGACCAAGUCUGGAUUACUCUCUACAGGAAUUUUACACAGGCUUUUCUGUGUGUCCUUCUUGCAAUAUGUGUCUGCCUCUCCAUGGGUAUAAUAUAUCUUCAAGGAUGUUCUACCUGUCAUGGAGAAUACAACUUGCCCAUCAAAUAUUUGCAGAUAUCUGCAGUGGGAGAUAAUAAAUGUUUGAAAUACCUUA